GAAUAUCGAAACCAUUGUACAUAGUCCUAUUGACUAUUCAGUAGGACUAUUUUCUGUGGUUAUGUGUCAUCGUUCUCAAUUGUCUUUUUAUCUAUUUACUCGUCUUUUUUUUUAUUUUUGAACACCUAUCUAUUUACUCGUCUUGGGAUUCUUUUGUGUGGUUUUGCGUCAUUGUUGUUAUUUCUCUCUUUGCUGGAAUCAUUAUUAUGAUCCUGUUCAUCAGUUUCUUGCGUGCUCUCUCUAUUCAUGGCUUUUUCUUCUCUCACUUGGAAGCAUGAUAUCUUCCCGAGCUUCCGUGGAGAAGACGUGCGCAAAAACUUUCUUAGUCACUUACUGGUAAAGCUCGAAAGCAAAGGAAUCAGACCGUUCAUUGAUAAUGACAUUCAGCGAGGCCAGUCUAUCGGUCCGGAGCUCGUACAAGCAAUCAGAGAAUCAAGGGUUGCUAUUGUCUUGCUAUCCCGUAACUACGCUUCUUCAAGCUGGUGUUUGGAUGAGUUAGUGGAAAUCAUGAAGGGAAGGAAAAAGGAGCCAGAUGAGUUGGAGGAAAUACAGAAGGGCAGAGAAAGGGAUCAACAAACAGUGAUACCUAUUUUCUACCAAGUGGAUCCAUCUGAUGUUAGGAACCAGACUGGAGCUUUCGGAGAGGCCUUUGCCAAAACCUGUGAGGGAAAAACAGAUGAGGUGAAGCAGGCAUGGAGGCAAGCUUUGAAGGCUAUCGCCAGUAUCGCUGGUUAUCACUCUCGCAACUGGAAAAAUGAAGCUAAGAUGAUCGACAAAAUUGCCGGAAAUCUUAUGGAAGUGUUGGUGUUUACACCAUCAAAAGAUUUUGAUGACUUUGUUGGCAUGGAAGCUCGUAUCGAGGAGAUAAAAUUGUUGUUGAGCCUACAAUCAGAUGAUGACGUUAAGAUCAUAGGGAUCGUGGGUCCUGCUGGGAUUGGUAAAACGAGCACUGCCAGAGUUUUGUACAACCGUUUCUCUCUUGAUUUUGAGUUCAACACGUUUAUUGAGGAUAUCAGAGGAAGUAAAGAAAUGCCUUCUCUCGGUGGCUCCGAAUAUAAAUUCAAGCUGGAAUUUCAGAAAGAGUUACUGUCUCGGAUUUUCGACCAAAAGGAUAUUAAGGUUGAUCACUUGGAAGCGGUUAAACAAAGGCUUAGAGACAAAAGAGUGUUGAUUGUUCUUGAUGAAGUGGAUUGCUUGUUGAAACUAGAGGCAAUGGCAAACAAGCCUGAUUGGUUUGGUCCUGGAAGUAUGAUUGUCAUUACAACCGAAGAUAGAGACCUUCUCAAGUCACAAAACAUCAACUCUAUUUACGAUAUGAAACUUCCAGAUGAAGUUGAGGCAUUUGAGAUCUUCUGCCAAUAUGCUUUUCGUCAAAAAACUCCACUUGAUGAUUUUUAUGGGCUUGCUUGGGAAGUUACUAAACUUGUUGGUCGUCUUCCUCUAGGCCUGAAAGUCUUGGGAUCGUCUUUACGAGGAAAGUUCAGGGACGAGUGGGAAAAUGCACUACCAAGGCUCAAGUCUUGCCUUCACAAAGGAAUUGAAUCAAUUCUAAUGUUUGGCUACAACAGCUUAAAUGAUAAAGAUAAAACUCUUUUUCUGUACAUUGCAUGUUUCUUUGUUGGUUUUGAGGUUGAUCGAGUUAAACGCUGUCUUGAAGACUGUGAUAUACAAGUCGACUAUGGGCUUCAUAACUUAGAGCAGAAAAGUCUAAUAUACACAGAAUACGGAAAAGUAAGGAUGCACACAUUACUGCAACAAAUGGGGAGAGAUAUUGUCAAGAAAAAGACGAAGCAGAUUGGAAAGCGACAGUUCUUGAUGGAUACCAGGGAUAUUUCUGAUUUACUUGAAGAUGAAGAAGAUAGUGGUACUGCAAAAGUUCUAGGCAUACAGCUAGAAAAAUAUUGGAGAAAUGACGAUAUCAUCAAAAUAAGUAAAAGUGCCUUCCAAGGGAUGAAGAAUCUCCAGCUUCUAAGAGUCAACUCUCGUAACGUGCGCAUACCCGAAGGCCUCAGCUGUCUUCCCGACAAACUCAGACUUCUAGAGUGGCCCAAAUGUCCAUUGACAUUUUUGCCUUCCAAGUUCUCUGGCAAGUUUCUUGUCGAACUUAUCAUGAGAGAAAGCAAACUUGAGAAGCUUUGGGAUGGAAUCAAGCCUCUCCAGCGCCUCAAGCGAAUGGUUUUGAGUCGUUCUCGGUAUCUGAAAGAGAUUCCAGAUCUCACAAAUGCAACUAGUCUCGAGGAACUAGUUCUUCAUGGCUGCGAAGGUUUGUUAGAACUCCCAAUCACGAUUGGCAAUGCCACUAAGCUUAAAAGGUGCAUACUUCGCCGUUGCUUUCUUUUGAAGGAGCUCCCCUCUUCUAUGGGUAAGUUAAUCAAUCUCGAGGAACUGAACCUCGCUCAGAGCACGGGUCUGAAAGAACUCAGUGGAUGCUUGAGUCUGGAAAAACUCAGUGGUUGCUCGAGUUUGAAAACACUUGAUCUGAGCGAGACUCCGAUAUGGGAAGUGCCAUCAUCAAUCAGAUAUAAUUGGUCUUGUCUUAAUAGAAUGGAUAUGUCUGGGUGUAGAAACAUCAAGGAGUUUCCAAAUGUACCUGACAGCAUUGAAGAGUUGGUGUUGUGCAAGACAAGGAUAGUGGAAAUUCCUCCAUGGAUCGAGAAUCUGUCUCGUCUGCGUAAAAUAAUUAUGAAUGGAUGCGAGGAGCUGAAAAAGAUAUCUCGGAACGUUUCUAAGUUGGAGAAUCUUGAGUUUCUUGGUUUGCGUAAGAGUGGCAAAAGUGAGCAUGAUUAUGUGAGUGAAAAUGAAUAUGAAUAUAACCGUGACUUAUUUGAAGCAGUAAUCGAGUGGGAGGGCCCUGACUCGGAGUGCAGUUGGAGAUUAGUAUCAGACUUAGAUGUUCACUACAUUUUACUGCAAUGUCUACCCACGAAGAAGGCGCUAUCAUUAUGUUUAAGGGGUCUCAUGAACACUAUUCCAGAUUGCAUCAGACGUCUCUCGGGACUAACUAAGCUUGACGUCACAGGAUGCCCUUAUCUCAAAGCACUUCCACCGCUUCCAGACUCCCUUCUCUCUAUAGAUGCAGACUGCUGUGUAUGCUUAGAGAGAAUAGACUCUUCUUUUCAUAAUCCAAAUAUUUGCCUAAACUUUGCUGGCUGCCUCAGUCUGAAUCAAAACGCAAAAGAGCUCAUCUACACAUCAGACUACAAACAUGCACUCUUACCGGGUGAAGAAGUGCCUGCACACUUCCCUCACCAAGCUACUCCAGGUUCCCUGACGAUCAAUCUGAUGCCAAGACCUCUUCCUUCAUCCUUGAGAUUCAAAGCUUGCAUCUUGCUGUCAAAAGAAGAUAGUUUAGAGAAGGAAGAACUACUGAUGGGUGGUGUGUCUUGUCACGUCAUGGGUAAACAGAAUGGCCUCACUAUCCAAUAUGUAUCAAAACAGUAUCAUAUGCACUGUAGAUAUGGCGGAUAUAGAGACCUUUAUAAUUAUUCAAAAAAAAAAGAAGACCAUCUGUAUAUAUUUGAAGAUUAUUUCUGUCUAAACCAGGAUUACCCUAAAGCCGGAGAAGCCACUUUGAGCGAGCUUGUGUUUGAGUUCAUAGGCCAUGGUACAAACUGGAAGGUGAAAGGCUGCGGUGUACGACUUUUGGAGGACGAAGAAGAAUCUGGACGUGAUGAGGAUGAAGACGAUGAAGCUGGUGAUGGUGAUAGUAAUGAGGUUGAGGAGGAUAUAAAGGAUGAUGUAGAUAAAACUCUAGAAGGAGAAGAAUCUAGACGUGAUGAUGAUGCAGAGACAAGAAGCAAGAAACGAAUGAGGUUCAGCCUGUUUCGAUGGUUUACAUGAGAAUGGAAAGUCCAUAUACCAUCAUAUUGAGUGUUCAUUCAGUGGUGGUUCUGUAAAGCAGUUUCUUUCAAGCGCUGUCUGUCUUAGAUGUCAACUUUGGCUAGAAGUCCUAACUCUCUCCUACACAUAUUGGGGGUCAAGUACUGUCUAGCCUGAUACAUAUGAAGCUAACAUGCCUCCUAUUCUGUAUCAGUACCAGCGCAAGGGCCGAAAGUAGCGAGUUUGGAGAUGCAAUUUGGCCCACUGAUGAGUUGGUUCAUUGUGGAGCGUCUAUUCUAGAAGAAAGCAAGUGAGAAUACUACUUGGAGAGGAGGAGGAUCUAUCGCAUGUGUGGGCAACGGUUUCACUUGGUCUGUCGGUUUCACUUCAGAUUCCCUAACGAUUAAUCAGGCUCCACAACCUCUUCCUACAUCCCUUAGAUUCAAAUCUUGCAUCUUGCUCUCAAGAGGCAUUAUUAAUCUCGAGGAUGAUAAAUACGGUGUUUCUUGGCGCAUCAAUGAUCUCUAUGAUGGAGCGGAUGAGAAGUUAGUGAUGCGUGUGUCUUGUACAUUCAGGGGUAAACAGAAAGGCUUCACUUUCCGACAUGUAUCAUACAAGCGUGACGACAUGCCUUAUCUUUAUGGAUGUGACGACCGUCUGUAUACAUUUGAAGAUUGCCCUGGAGCCAAAGAAGCCACUUUCAGCGAGCUUGUGUUUGAGUUCAAAGUUUUUUAUAAAAAUUGGAAGGUGAAAGCUUGUGGUGUACAAAUUUUGGAAGACAAAGAAGAAUCUGGACGCGAUGAGGAGGAAAAUGAUGAAGCUGGUGAUGCUGAUAAUGAUGGGGUUGAGGAGGAAAUAAAGGACGGUGUAGAUAAAACUCAAGAAGGAGACGAAUCUAGAUGUGAUGAUGAUGCAGAGACAAGAAGCAAGAAUGAAUGAGGUUCAGCCUUCCGUAGAUAUAGGAAAUUGUCAUGUUGUUAUUUUUUUCUGUGAUUCUGUGCAAUUCAAUUUUCCAAGAAGAGAAGCUCAAUCUAAACACACCCAGGGACAAUCAAUUUGGGGUUUAUUAAGGUUCCAAGAAAAUAAUUGGACUUUAACAGUAAUAGCAAUGUUGCGUUUGUAAGAACAAUUUGUUUCAAGUUAUUCGUUCAUAAACA